AAUGAAGUCAAGCUGUGGAGAUGAUGAUGGAAUAGGGAGGCCAGAGUUAAGUGCGAAAUGGGUGGCUUUGUUAACAAUAGAGAAGGCUUGCUUAUCUAAGAUCUCCUUUGAAGAUGCCACUGGUGCAGUGAGGAAGACUGGGGGCAACUUUAAAGAAAAGCUGAGAGAAUUGGGAGGACUUGAUGCAGUCUUUGAGGUCAUCUUGAAUUGUUAUUCUGUUAUGGAGGGUUGGAUAUUACAUAGUUCACCUUCUAUUCAGACUGCAAAGCAUAAUCUGGACCUGCAGAGCCUUGUGUUUCUUUUAAAAUGUUUGAAGAUCAUGGAAAAUGCUACUUUCCUAAGUAAAGAUAAUCAGAGUCAUUUGCUUGGAAUGAAAGGGAACUUAAUUUCUAGUGGGCCCCGACAGUCCUUUACGGAAAUUGUUAUAAGUGUCAUCAAGACUCUUUCAGAUCUUUAUCUACGUAGAAGUUCAUCCACCUCUGCUGAUGAUAAGUCAUAUAAUUUGUCUGAUGGGAAUGGGACUGGUCACACAUCAGAAUUGGCUCUAAUUACUGACUGUAAAGAGAACAGCAACGAGGUUAUAUUCAUCAGUUCUUCUAAAAGCUUCUCUAGUACUGAGUUGAUUUCUUCUGAAAAGAGCUUUUGUGUAUCUCAGAACAGUCGGUGGUUAUCCACUGAUCGUUUGGGUCAUUCUGAAUCCAAUUCUGAGACCACCACUACAUUGAUGAAUGACAGUUGCAUUCUGAAGAUGAGAUCCCGUUCUUCCUUGUCCACCUCAUGUAGUGGGACACCACGGAGUUCUGAUAGUGGACCUUUAAGUGGUAAUGGCCCAAGGACAAAAUUUGAUCCUGCAGAGAGACCUAAUAGUAGAAAAGAUGACAAGUGUGGACCUUUUGAGGAUAGUGAAGAUCCUUUUGCAUUUGAUGCUGAUGAUUUUGAGCCCUCAAAGUGGGACUUACUAUCCGGGAAACAUAAAAAACCUCAAACUAAAAAGAGUGGGGUAAUUUGCAGAGAUCUUGAAGAUGAGUGUCAAUAUGAAAUGAUGAUGAGCCAACCAGAAUCAAGAAAUGGGGAAAAGCACCAACUUCGAUCAGGUAAUGGGCUGAAUCACCAGCCAUUAAGUAAUGGGGGAAAUCUCUUUUCACAAGAAAGCUCAUGUUCACUUGUCGAUGAUAAAGAGAAUUCUGAUCUUUUAGCUGAUUGCCUUCUUACAGCUGUCAAGGUUCUCAUGAAUUUAACAAAUGACAACCCUGUUGGCUGCCAACAAAUUGCCUCAUGUGGAGGUCUGGAGACAAUGUCUUUGUUGAUUGCCAGCCACUUCCCCUCAUUCAGCAAAUCUCUGUCUCAUUGCAGGGAUAGUUCUGAGUUUGACCACCAGGAUGAUAGACCUAUGACCGAUCAAGAGUUGGAUUUCCUUGUUGCUAUAUUGGGUCUGCUGGUGAACUUGGUAGAAAAGGAUGGACUUAACAGGUCGCGGCUUGCGGCAGCCAGAGUUCCAUUACCUAAUUCAAAAGGGUUAGAAGCAGAGAGUCAUGGGGAUGUAAUUCCGCUGCUGUGUUCAAUCUUUCUUGCUAACCAUGGGGCAGGUGAUGUAGUUGGAGAAGGAAAUGCAGGUGAUGAAGCUGGGGAAGGAAAUGCACGUGAAGAAGCUGGGGAUGGAAAUGCAGGUGAUGAAGCUGGGGACGGAGAUGCUGUGCCUUGGGACGCUGAGGAAGCGGUUCUACAAGGAGAGAAAGAAGCAGAGAAGAUGAUUCUGGAAGCUUAUGCAGCACUGCUACUGGCGUUUCUUUCAACUGAAAGUGCGGAUAUACGUGGUGCAAUUGCUGAAUGUCUUCCAAACCGCAAUCUGGCAAUUUUGGUACCUGUGCUGGAAAGAUUUGUGGCAUUUCAUCUAACAUUAAACAUGAUCUCAGAGGAGACUCAUAUUGCUGUGAGUGAAGUAAUCGAAUCAUUAAGAGUGGCAUGAGAACUCGAGAAAUGGAUAUUCUGUACAGCCUCGGCCCUUCUGUUAGAUAGCUGUUUGCUUUUGCAGACUAUAGUGCUCAUGGCGACGGGAUUGCUCCAGCAUCACAAACGUAAUAUUCUGACUACCGGCCUGCUAUUAUAGUCUGAUCGACCCCUUUUGUUUGGUUUUCCCCCUUUUUUCUUUUUUAUACUUUUUGUCUUUUACACUAUUCUUUGUAGCUGUUUUGUCAUCGUCUUGAUGUAGGCUGGGACGCAUGUAUACAAAAAUGUGAUAGCAGAAUGAAAUUUGUUUUUGUCUGUGCAUUGUCUAUA